GGAGCAAAGAUCUAUAAGACAGGUGGAACUGUGGCCUUCAUCUUUAUCUCCAAGCAUGGUUUGAGAUUAAUCUGAGGAAUUUGAUGGGGACAGGGAAAGAGAGGUACAUGCACACCUAAGCUUGAAAGUUGACUGGCUUGUGCAAUUUAAAGCUUACUGAUGUAGUGAUUAUGACAGUUGAAAACCCAGAGUUGAAGUGACUAGUGUAAAGACUAGAAGCAGUUCAGUGAAGUUUAGGGAGUUAUUUUUUUCCUUUUCCUGCUGUGCUUGCUGUCAUGAAUAUUAAAGUUUACAAGUUGUGAUGCAUGGUCAUGGAGGCUAUGACUCAGAUUUUAGUGAUGAUGAACAUGGUGGAGAAUCUAGCAAAAAGAAAAGAAGGACAGUUGAAGAUGAUUUACUGCUGGAAAAGCCAUUUCAGAAAGAAAAACAUGGAAAAGUGGUCCAUAAACAAGUUGCAGCAGAAUUGCUGGAUAGGGAAGAAGCAAGAAAUAGAAGAUUUCAUCUCAUAGCUAUGGAUGCUUAUCAAAGGCAUACAAAGUUUGUAAAUGACUAUAUUCUAUAUUACGGUGGCAAAAGGGAAGAUUUCAGGCGUUUGGGGGAGAAUGACAAGACAGACUUGGAUGUUAUUCGAGACAAUCAUAGAUUCCUAUGGAAUGAGGAGGAUGAAAUGGACAUGACUUGGGAGAAGAGACUUGCAAAGAAAUACUAUGAUAAAUUAUUCAAAGAAUACUGCAUAGCAGAUCUCAGUAGAUACAAAGAAAAUAAGUUUGGAUUUAGGUGGCGAGUAGAAAAAGAAGUAAUUUCAGGAAAAGGUCAGUUUUUUUGUGGAAAUAAACAUUGUGAUAUAAAAGAAGGCUUGAAGAGUUGGGAAGUUAAUUUUGGUUACAUUGAGCAUGGCGAAAAGAGAAAUGCACUUGUUAAAUUAAGAUUAUGCCAAGAGUGUUCUUUUAAGUUAAAUUUUCAUCACAGGAGAAAAGAAAUCAAGUCAAAAAAAAGAAAGGCUAAAAAAGACUGUGAAGAAUAUGUACAUAAAAAAUCCAGAUUAUCUCCUACAGAAGAUACCUCCAAGAAAAAGGACAAAGGACAUUCUUCCUCAAAGGAAUCAGAAGAUUCUGUAAAUCGACAUACUGAUGAGGAAGAAAGUGCUUCAGAAUCCGAGUUGUGGAGGGGCCCACUACCAGAGACAGAUGAAAAAUCGCAGGAAGAAGAAUUUGAUGAGUAUUUUCAGGAUUUAUUUCUUUGAGACAUGAGGUUUUACCUACAAGUUGCAGCUUGAAUGGCUCCUCUUAGGAUUACAGCUGCUCAAGAAGUUCAUCAGUUUUGUGAGAAACAUUUCUUUUAUAUGUCUUCAAUUGCCCAUCAACAGCUGUUUCAUCUUGUAGUCUUUGCUGUGUGAUAUUACUAUGUUAAAGGACAUUUACAAAUGGAAUGAUUGGCAUUCGUCUUACUUUAAGAAUGGCUAAUAUUAAGAGUUUUUUCUUUUAUUAGACAAUUGUUGCUAAUUCUACAGAUACUUAUAAGGCUUCUAUAUUAUAUUUGAGGCAUUGUGUAUAGCAUUGCUAUAAAUGAACUAUCUAGGAAGUAAUUAUGUAAUCUAUUAAAAAACAGUAAAUCAGUAUUGAGUUUAUUAAUAUUGAAUAUGUCAAAAGUCCUUGAGUAAAGUUUUGAAGGUAUUUGUUUGUUUUCAUCUUGCUGCUUAUAGUGAAUAAAAAGGAAUCUUAA